AUGCACAUUCUUAAAGUCAUGAGUAGCUUAACGCUAGCGGUUGGGGCACUGAGUAAGGGCACAGCCGUUAGAAAGACCGGCAAGGGCCCAACUGGCUAUGUAGUCGAUUUCGUUUUUACACCAAACGCAACGACUCAUGCUUCCUCAGUCUUACUGGGCGGCUUUCCUUUCUUUUCCGACUCACUGCAUGGAUCCUUGUCCAAAACAGAUGGAUACUCACCCUAUGAGUGGAAGUCGGACAUGUUCUCCAUGCGAUUGUCCCCUGACUAUGGAAAUGUGGCAGACAAUCUUGCCGGUCUGGAGAUGACGCACAAUGAACAUACUGGUGACUGGGAGAUAACCGUGCCGCUCCCAUCUGGGACUUGGCUCUACGCCUACUAUCCUAAUUGCACAACGGGCAACUGGAGGAAUUGUGAUGUUGCAAUUGUGGAUCCCUCGAAUCUACCCAUCGAAGCCUUUGCGGGUGAUCAGCUGCUCAGCGCUAUUCAGUUACCGUUUGACCGUGAAUUUCAGAUCAAUGAUUAUGAUUGGCAACUGCCACUAGAAGAUGUUUCCAAGAGGGGCAAUGUUAGCUUCCAUCGGUACUCGUCUCCGGGAUCGACCUAUCCUUAUCCCAAUGUUCACGAUGUUGGAAUUUACCUCCCUUAUGAGUAUGGAAAGAUUCCAAACAAGAAAUAUCCGGUCUUGUACCUCUCCAACGGUGGUCAAGGGUCGGAUUCAGAUUGGUUUCAGCAAGCCCAAAUUCACAAUAUUGUCGAUCGUCUCAUCAAUGCCGGGGAGCUCGAGCCGACCAUCCUCAUCACGCCAAACUGGUAUGAUCUGGGAUUUACUCUCGAAGAGUACCAAACCAACGCAACACUACAGGCAGAAUAUUUGGAUGUCGUCGGAUAUUCCCGCUUUUUCAACAAAGUACGCGAGAACUUCUUCUCCUACCUGAUGCCCUGGGUGAAUGAGAACUAUGACGUAUCCAACUCUUCCUCUAACCGAGCAUUUGGUGGUCUCGCCCUCGGAGGUACCCUGACUCUGGCCAUGCUGUUCAACGCGACUGAUUAUUUCUCUUCCUACUGUAUCAUGUCACCUACGCCGGCUCCCUCUGCUGGUGACCAACAGUACAAUGCUACCAUUAACCCGGGGUUACGCGACGUGGGUAUCUUGACUGGAGCCGGGUUUUACGAUACCACAUUCAAUGCGGCACGGGAUUGGGAGACGGCUCUGGCUACCGAGAACGUUACCUACUUGAGCCACUAUUCGAUGAGCGGUGCUCAUCAAUGGAGUACAUGGCAGGAAAUUACAUAUGUCUAUUUAAAGGAGGCACUUUGGAAGCCUGUUCCGUAUGGUAGGAAGACGAGCUUUAAUCAGGUUAACCCGCUCAGUGGUGGUGUCCCCUAUCGCAGGUGA